AUGACACCAUCAGGCCCCGACCCUUCCACCCUACCCCUCCACUAUCACCAUCAUCAUCAUCAUCAUCAUCAUCAUCAUCAUCACGCCUCGCUUUUGAUUGGACCAACACCCCGUCAGUCCUCGCUGUGGCCCCGCCUCCUGCUGUAUGUCUGGCUCUGGAUUGGUGUACAGGCGGUUCAGGUGAGUGCCUCCCAUCAGCAGUUUCACCCCCACUCCAUAAAGAUACCUGGUGACAUCACUCUGGGGGGGCUGUUCCCCAUCCACUCCCGUGGCCCCCACGGUCUUCCCUGCGGAGAGCUGAAGAAGGAGAAAGGGAUCCACCGUAUGGAGGCCAUGUUGUAUGCACUGGACCAGAUCAACAGUGACCCUGAGCUGCUUCCCAACAUCACGCUGGGGGCCCGCAUCCUUGAUACCUGCUCCAGAGACACCUACGCACUGGAACAGUCACUCACCUUCGUCCAGGCGCUGAUCCAGAAAGACACAUCUGACAUUCGCUGCUCUAACGGAGAGCCACCCAUCAUCCGGAAACCAGAGCGGGUGGUGGGAGUGAUCGGAGCGUCGGCUAGCUCCGUGUCCAUCAUGGUGGCCAACAUCCUGAGACUGUUCGAAAUUCCUCAGGUGAGCUACGCAUCCACGGCUCCGGAGCUCAGCGAUAACAACCGGUAUGACUUCUUCUCUCGGGUGGUUCCUCCGGACUCAUACCAGGCUCAGGCCAUGCUGGACAUCGUCAAGGCUCUGGGCUGGAACUACGUCUCUACACUGGCGUCCGAGGGGAACUACGGAGAGAGCGGAGUCGACGCCUUCAUGCAGAUCUCCAGGGAAGCUGGUGGGGUGUGCAUCGCUCAGUCAGUGAAGAUUCCUCGCGAGCCGACAGCUGGAGAGUUUGACAAGAUCAUCAAACGUCUGAUGGAGACAAGUAAUGCCAGAGGAGUGAUCAUCUUUGCCAACGAGGACGACAUCAAGCGUGUCCUUGAGGCGGCAAAGCGUGCUAAUCUGACGGGUCACUUCUUGUUUGUGGGGUCCGACAGCUGGGGAGCAAAGAGUUCACCAAUCGCAGAGCUGGAGGAUGUCGCUGAGGGCGCCGUCACCAUCCUACCUAAACGGGCUUCAAUAGACGGCUUUGAUCAGUACUUCAUGUCUCGUUCUCUGGAGAACAACCGCAGGAACAUCUGGUUCAAUGAGUUCUGGGAGGACGACUUCAGGUGUAAACUGACCCGACCUGGAAUCAAACUGGACCCUGACAAGAAGAAAUGUACAGGUGAAGAACGGAUUGGACGGGACUCGUCCUAUGAGCAGGAAGGGAAGGUCCAGUUUGUGAUCGAUGCAGUUUAUGCUGUGGCUUACGCUCUGCACAGCAUGCACCAGGAUCUGUGUCCCAGCAGCUCCGGAGUCUGUGGCAAGAUGGACCCUGUGGAGGGACGCUCGCUGCUCGGCUACAUCAGAGCUGUCAACUUCAAUGGCAGUGCUAGAGUGCAGGUACUAGUGUUUUUGUUCAAUGAGAACGGAGACGCUCCUGGUCGCAACGAUAUCUUCCAAUUCCAGAUACAAUCACAGCCAUCUGGUUACCCGGAGUCUCGGCCAGUGACCAAUAACCUAAAGACUGAACGUAUCUUUCUGAUCUACCUGAUCACCUUCCUGAUGAUCGCAGAGCCAGGUGUGGUGGCUUGUGCAUUCCGGCGCCUCCUGCUGGGCCUCGGUAUGGCCAUUACCUACUCCGCCAUGUUAACCAAAACCAACCGCAUCUACCGCAUCUUCGAACAAGGCAAGAGGUCGGUGACCCCACCGAAGUUCAUCAGCCCUACCUCCCAGCUCAUCAUCACCUUCAUUCUCAUCUCUGUCCAGGUCCUCGGUGUGUUUGUGUGGUUCGCCGUCGUCCCUCCUCACACCAUCAUCGACUAUGAAGAGCUUCGCCCCCCAAAUCCUGAACUGGCCCGAGGCAUCCUUAAGUGUGACAUGUCUGACCUGUCAAUCAUCUGUUGCCUCAGCUACAGCAUUGUACUCAUGGUAACAUGUACGGUGUAUGCAGUGAAGAGUCGUGGUGUUCCAGAGACGUUUAAUGAAGCGAAGCCAAUCGGUUUCACCAUGUACACCACCUGCAUCAUCUGGCUCGCCUUCGUACCAAUCUUCUUUGGUACCGCCCAGUCCACCGAGAAGUAUGGAUGUGAAAUGGGUCUUAAAACGUCUCAAAGUGAACCUGUUGAACUGACACAAAGUAAUGCAUGUCCUGAUGUGUGUGUGUGUGUGUGCGCGCAGACGAAGGUGGGUCACUUUGCGUCUCAGUUUCUGGGUUACCAGCAACACGACAGUCAGGAGCUGCUGUCCUUCCUGCUGGACGGACUGCACGAAGACCUGAACCGAGUCAAAAACAAAGAGUACAUCGAGCUGCGGGACGCCGCCGGCCGUCCGGACCAGGAAGUGGCCGAGGAGGCGUGGCGCAACCACCGCCGGCGGAACGACUCUGUGAUCGUCGACACGUUUCACGGCCUCUUCAAGUCCACGCUCGUCUGUCCGGAGUGCCGCAAGGUCUCGGUGACCUUCGACCCCUUCUGCUACCUGAGCGUCCCGCUUCCUGUCAGCAAGGAGCGCGUCAUGGAGGUCUUCUUUGUCUCUCUGGACCCGUACGCCAAACCUGCACAGCAUCGCGUUGUGGUUCCUAAAGCAGGAAAAGUAUCUGACCUCUGCUCUGCUCUGUCAGAGAUGACCAGCGUCCCUCCCACACAGAUGGUGGUAGCUGAUGUGUUCAACCACCGCUUCUAUAAGAUCUACAACGCUGAUGAAUCUCUCAGCUGCAUUCUGGACCGAGACGACAUCUUUGUGUACGAGCUGAGCGUGCAGGAGGAGCAGCAGGAGGAGCAGCAGGAGGAGCAGGUGCUGCUGGCUCUCUACCUGAGGGAGCGCUCUCACUACAGAGACUACGGCUCCGGCAGCAGCUCGUACGGCACCACGCUGUUCGGACACCCGCUGCUGCUCAGUACGCCGCGCAGCAGCUGCAGCCGGGAGGCGCUCUACAACCUGUUCCUGCAGAGGCUGGCGUGAGCAAAACACACACACAUUC